AUGCUGUCCCGCAAGGCCGUGGCCUUUCUGCUGGUGGUGCAUGCAGCCACCAUGCUGGCUUCCCAGACGGAAGCCUACAUCCCCAUCUUCACCUACGGUGAAGUCCAGAGGAUGCAGGAAAAGGAGCGGUACGAAGGGCAAAAGAAAUCCCUGAGUGUACAGCAGAGGUCCGAGGAGGUGGGCCCUCUGGACUCCGCAGAACCCUCGGAGUAAGAAGUAAAGGAAGUUACCAAGCUGACUGCUCCCGUGGAAAUUGGCAUGAGGAUGAACUCCAGGCAGCUGGAGAAGUACGGGGCCACCCUGAAAGGUCUGAUGCGUGAGGUGCUGCUGUCCAGCCAGAACGGUAAGCGGAGCCAGGGCACCUCCCGGUUCAUAUUCCUGCAGCGUAGCCAAAGGACCACAAAUGACAGCAACCCCGACCCCUCCCCCUGCACAGAUCUGUUCCUUCCCUCCCCAAACGCCACUGAGGUGUAG